CAGCCUCCCGCCCUGUUAGUGGGAAGUGCAGCUAUGCCCGGCAUUGUGUGUGCGUAUUUGCGCUCCGCUGCCUUUUGUGUCUCACUGCAGAGCAGUGGAGCAGCCGGCGUGCUCUUUUGUCUCCUUCCCAGCAAAGGGCACCUGCCAGCGCCGGCUGCUCCCACUGUCCCCGCUCUCCCGGCACAAUCACAUCAAACCCCUGCACUGCCAGUGUGUGGUUUCUUCUAAGGGAUACUUGCCGUUGACUGGGCGAUACCAGAGGACACUUCCAGGGGGGGCUGAGAAGUUUCCUCUGUUUCUCUCUCUGGACUCGGAGAGAAUAAAAUGAAGGAUCUGAAGAAGUACUUGACAGAAGGUCUGCUCCAGUUCACAAUCCUUUUGAGCUUGGUCGGUGUGAGGGUGGACAUUUACUUGCCCCCAAUUAGGGAAAUUAUCCAGGGCACCAGCUCCGCCUAUUCCCAGAUCCCCUUCCACAAUCUGAGGGACACUUGGGAGGGCUCCAGCCUGCACCCUAAAAGCCCAGACCUGGACUCCUUCUUCACUGCCAAGAGGUUGCUGGAACAAGUGAGGGCGCUGGGGGGGACACGGGUCCCAAGGACAGAGGUGAGCGCAUGGCUGGUGCAUGCUGACUCUGGAGAUGCUGAGGAAGGUUCAUUCAGUGCUGACCAAACGUUGCUCCCUGCAGAUUCUAAUGAGGAGACCCGCAGCAGCACUGACUCCCCUGCUAACAAUCAUGAAGGCCCCAGCCAGCAGUCUUCAAGAAGUACAUUGCACCAGUGCCAUGCAAGCCCAUCCCAGCAGCAGCAUAUUGGUCCUGGGGCCUCCCCAACUUCAUCUGAUUAUACCAAAGAGAAACAAGAAGAGAAACUGGACUGCUGUCCAAGCACCUAUGAUUACAACUCUCUGCAUAGCGAGUCUGGGAAAACCGAACUGGAUGAAGAUGUUGCACUAGAAAACAUUGAGGAACCUAUUUCAAUAAGGGACAGCAAUGAUAUUGACCUAAGUGGCGAAGAUAACCAGAGAAUAGAGAUCGACAGGAAUACAACAGAGCCAUCCCUGUUUUUUGAAGACUUUAUCCAGCUACUAGCUCAAACAGAAAAUACACUUGAGGGUACAAAUGAGAAUUCACUUAAUGCUACACAACCACCUUACCGAAUCCCUCAGGGAAACUCUGUAGGAGAGCUGUGGCAGGAUCUCCUCUCUCUUCCUGAUUUAAAUAUUACAUUGGAAGACAUACAGCCUGUUUCUAAUGUCAGCAGUUGUAGAAACUCCUCAACACAGAAUGCUGAUGAUUUUGGAGAGACGCUCAGCCAAGAUGUGACUUUGCGGGAAGUUAUGUUCCCUUCAAACCUUUCUUCCAGGAGAGAUGAGAAUUUGGGCCAGAGAUCAGAACCCUUUUCUCCGUUAAAUUCAAGUACCAACUCAGAAGAAAGUUUAAACCCAGCUAACCUGGUGCAGUUUCUUCCAUCUACUGACAACAGCACUAGAAAUUUAACAACCCACGACCUUUUUUCUGGCAUUGAUGAUAAUGUGUUUGAUGAGAUAAAUCUGAUGUCUUUAGCCCUCGAAGAAGGCUUUGAUCCCCUUGAAGUUUCUCAGUUAUUUGAAGAGCCAGAUUCUGACUCCGGACUUUCUUUGAAUUCAAGCCAUAGCCCGACAUCAGUCAGUAUUUCCGAUUCUUCAUCAGUCUCCUUUGGUGAAGAUGAAGGUGCAGCAGGGUACAGCAGUGAUUCAGAGAGUGUACUGUAUGAUGGCCUGGAAGGAGCAGUUGGUAGUAGCUGGCCAGAGAUUAAUAAAUUCUCUCACCUGGAUUAUCAGCAGAACUAUUGCGACAAUAUAACUAUGCACAAUGUACAUCAUAAUCACACAUACAAUCAGUUCCCCAACCAAUUAGAACCAGUUCGUGAUUAUCAUUACAGCUUGACAGCAAAACAGGGCAAGUUGAGCAGCCCGUGUGCCAGUGGCAUGGAUAAAAACCUCAGUCGUGAUGAACGGAGAGCGAAAUCCCUAAGAAUUCCAUUUUCAGUCGAUGAGAUUGUCAGCAUGCCUGUGGAGAUGUUCAAUAAUAUGUUAUCCAAGCACUGUCUUACAGAGUCCCAGGUAACAGUCAUACGAGAUAUCAGACGCAGAGGCAAAAAUAAAGUUGCUGCUCAGAAUUGCCGCAAGCGUAAACUUGACGUCAUUCUAAACCUCGAGGACGAUGUAGGCCAGCUGCAGGCGCGCAAGGAAAAGCUGCUGAAAGAGCGGGCACAGUGCAGUAAAUCCAUGAGCCACAUGAAGCAGAAGCUUAAUGACCUUUAUCGGGAUGUGUUUAGCAAACUGAGAGAUGAACAGGGGCGGCCUGUGAAUCCAAGCCUAUAUGCUCUACACUGUAAUAGCGAUGGGAGCAUCAUGGUUGUUCCAAGGAGAUUAUUUAAAUCUGAACAAAAGCAGGAUAUGCAGAAAGAAAAGAAGAAAUUAAAUAUUGUGAACAAAGACUUUGCUAAAACAUUUAAUGGUUACAGCUGGCCAUAGAUGCAAAGUUCCGAUCGUACGAAUCGAGGAUUCGUAUGAUUUACAGA